AUGCGUCUUGAAAGGGAGCGCUUUAAAGCUCUCUAUAACAAUGAUUUGCACUUUGAGGCACUGGAGGUGUUGAAGGGAUUCCUUGCCCCCUUCAACGCCGUCAGCAAGGUGGCGGAGAGGUCGCUCUACCCGACAAUCUCCAUGGUCAUUCCAAGCUACAACGACAUGCUUGAUGGUUUGGAGGCGAAGCGCCAGGGCCGCCCGUCCAUGCUGGUCAUGGAGAUGACCGUUGCCGCGCUGGGGCACUUCAAGAAAUAUGUGUAUGCCAGCAGUGACGACCUGCUCAUCGCCACAUUCCUAGAUCCAGCGACGAGGGAGGGGUAUUUCGCUCUAGGCACGUGGGAGAAUCGGCAUCCAGAGUUGGUUAGCCAGGGGGGCAGGAGGCGGGCAAGGGGUCCGGUGAUGGUGGAUGAGAUCUUGAUCCUGGUGCGCACACGUGUGGAGGCGUACCAGGCGCAUGGCGGCGGAGGGGCCGCUCUACCCGACCACCUCCAUGGCCCCGUCGCCACCCCUCUAGGCCCCUUGCGGCCCCUCUACGGCCCCGUCGCCGCCCCUAGCGGCCCCGUUGCUACCCCUGGAGGCCCCGUCGUCGCCCUUCGCGGCCACCUCGCCGCUCUUCGCGGCCCCGUCGCCACCCCAUAG